AUGUUGUUUACGGACUCGGAUCGGACAAGCCUUCUGAAGUCCUCCGCGACAGUUGUCAAGGAUUGUAACGAGCAACCGUAUAACGAUGAUGUUGCCGAAUCGCGAGACGGUUGUGCAACGGGAGUGCUCCACUUGAAAGAGACACCCCGCGGUCGCCAGAAGCGCGUCGCCAACGCGUCUGCCGCUCCUUCCUCCUCCUUCUCGUCUUCUCCUCUCACCUCUGACUUAUGA